AUGUCGGGCCUGUUCGGCAGCGCGUCUUCUUCUUCCUCGAGCAAUACUGUCGGUGAUUUGAAGCAGGAUGUCGCGCUAAACAACCCUCCCGAGGACAGCAUUUCGGACCUCGCAUUCUCCCCGGCCCAGAAUCAGACGAGUGACUUUCUGGCUGUGUCCAGUUGGGACAAGAAGGUUAGAAUAUACGAGAUUGCCCAAAAUGGCCAGAGCGAGGGGCGGCACGCCUACGAGCACGAUGGACCCGUGUUGAACUGCGAUUUCUCCAAGGACGGAACGAAGGUCCUCUCCGGCGGCGCCGACAAGGCGGUCAAGGCCUGCGAUCUUGCCUCGCAGCAAACGAUCAAGAUUGGCGAGCACGAACAGCCGGUCAAGUGCGUCCGCUUCUUCGAAUCGGCCAAUGGCACCAUGGCCGUGUCGGGCUCCUGGGACAAGACGGUCAAGUACUGGGACUUGCGGUCGCCCACGCCGGCGGCGACGCUGACAUGCCAGGAGCGCGUCUACACCAUCGACGUGCGCAACGACCUGCUCGUCAUCGGCACCGCCGACCGGUACAUCAACGUCGUGGACCUCAAAAACCCGACAAAGUUUUACAAGACGCUCCAGAGCCCUCUCAAGUGGCAGACCAGGGUCGUCAGCUGCUUCACCGACGCCGCCGGUUUUGCUAUUGGCAGUAUCGAGGGCCGUUGCGCGAUCCAGUACGUCGAGGACAAGGACGCUAGUUCCAACUUCUCCUUCAAGUGCCACCGUGACCCCCCGGCGAACAACGUCACGAACGUCUACGCCGUCAACGACAUCUCCUUCCACCCCGUCCACGGCACCUUCAGCACCGCCGGCUCGGACGGCACCUUCCACUUCUGGGACAAGGACGCGAAGCACCGCCUCAAGGGAUAUCCGAACGUGGGCGGCAGCAUCACGGCCACCACCUUCAACAAGAACGGAUCCAUAUUCGCCUACGGUAUCAGCUACGACUGGAGCAAGGGCUUCCAGCACAACACCCAGCAGUACCCCAUCAAGGUGAUGUUGCACCCCGUCCAGGCGGACGAGUGCAAGCCUCGCCCGACGAUGAAGAAGCGAUGA